AGGGUUGCCUAAGAAGCAGAACAAGAUCAAUUUUGUAGCGAAGUUGCAAAAAUGGGGUCUCCAAUGGCCUCUCUGCUUGUCACUCUUCUAGUGGCAACAAUCUCUCUCAGCUUCCCAUCAGAAAGCACAGCAAACUACAAGUACUCCUCUCCUCCACCUCCUAAGAAAUCUCCUCCACCACCACCUCCUCCUUAUCACUACAAAUCCCCACCACCUCCUCCUCCAGUGCAUUCUCCACCACCACCAGUGCAUCCUUACAAGUACAAGUCACCACCACCUCCUCCACCAGUGCAUAAGCCUCCACCUUCACCACCCAAAAAUCCCUACAAGUACAAAUCCCCACCACCUCCUCCUGUGCAUUCUCCACCACCACCAACACACCCUUACAAGUACAAGUCUCCCCCACCACCUCCGCCAGUUCACAAGUCACCACCCCUACCACCCAAGAAACCCUACAAGUACAAGUCUCCCCCCCCCCCUCCUACUCCAGUUUGCAAGUACAAGUCUCCUCCACCACCACCGCCAGUACACAAGUCUCCACCACCACCUCAUUACAUUUACGCAUCACCCCCUCCACCUCACCAUUACUAGAUCAUGGCGCUCAUCGUUUCAAGGUAAAGGGAAGAGUGUCAUGCAAUAAGGAAAAGGACGCGAGCAGGAGCUAGCCUUGCAAGGAAGGAAAGGAUAGCUAAUGCGUAUAACGGAGCAAUCUGUGUUAUAUUUAGAAGAUGAAUAAAAAUACGUGUAGUAGAAUUUCCUCAUUUUCAUGUACUAUUACUGAGUUCUGGUGAUCGGUUUGCUUAUUUGGUUUGUCGAAAAGUAGCUUCUAUAUAUGUAUGGAUGUGAUUUGAAACCUUUUGUGUGCUGUUGCAUGCAUGGUUGUUUUCAAAUGUAGUAGUAAAAUUAAU